UUGACAUUGGAGGGCAAUAAGCAUUAAUCACAGACUGAAACGGGAAUAUAGGGAAUAAUCAUCUCGGAAGCUGCUGGUAUAGAAAGUUGUACCGUCAAGACACCAUGGCCCGCCGUGUAGCGGUGAUUGGGGCAGGAUGCUCAGGGCUGGCCUGUAUCAAGUGCUGCCUGGAUGAGGGGCUGGAGCCAGUGUGCUUUGAGAGCAGCAAUGAUAUUGGCGGCCUCUGGAGGUAUAAGGAGGAGCCAGAGCCUGACAGGGCUAGCAUCUACCAUUCCGUCAUCAUCAACACCUCCAAAGAGAUGAUGUGUUUCAGCGACUUUCCCAUCCCGGCUCACUUCCCCAACUACAUGCACAACACCCUGAUCAUGGACUACUUCCGCAUGUAUGCAGAGCACUUCCAGCUCAUGCACCACAUCCGCUUCAAGACCGCUGUCUGCAGUGUGAAGCAGAGGCCUGACUUUUCUCGAUCAGGGCAGUGGGAGGUGGUGACCGAGAACAGGAACGGUAACAAGGAGAAGCAUAUCUUUGAUGCUGUGAUGAUCUGUGUAGGACACCAUGUUCACCCCCAUAUCCCCCUGAAAGACUUUCCAGGAAUCGAAACAUUCCAGGGGAAGUACUUCCACAGCCGUGACUACAAAACCCCAGAAGAGUGGUGAGGGAAGAGAGUGGUGGUGAUAGGGAUUGGGAACUCUGGAGGAGAUAUCGCUGUGGAGCUGAGUAGAGUCACCAAGCAGGUACGUGUCUGA